CAAAACGGUGAGCAAUUCUUCACAUGUCGGACAAAAUAAUAAUAAGUCCUGAACGAAGAAACAAGCAAACGUGACUGCUGUGUGUGUAUAUGUUUCGGAUAUCCAGUUCAAUAUGAAGCAAAUUCAGUUGAAGCUCAGCCUUGUGUUUAGGGCAAGACCAGACUCAUCAUCGUGGUCGUUGACAUUAGUCACAAAUUGAGAUCGAGAGUUUAACCGUGUACCGAAAUUGUACGUCACAAAAUGAUUAAAUCUCCAAUCGGGAGUGUGACACUGGUAUUCGAAAGAAAUCUAGCGACUAGACUCAAGGGAGGUUCGGAGAAUGUACAAGGAAGUACUUCAGAGGACCUGGGAAAUGCAGGGGGAGAUUCGAGAUCCUGGAGUGAGAUGUAGAGUCCAGUUGGAGACCAUCAACAUGAUGGAAGAGACGGCAGCGGGUUAGAAUUGACCCGAGAGCUCUAGAAUUUUAGUUCCCAAUUAUUUCAACGGCCGUCCAGCUAUUAAAUCCAUAGAGUUCGGAUUUAGUGGCUGACCAUGCCUGCAACGAACUCUCCUUCCGCCUCAAGCCUCAAGCGUUCGAGUUAUUGUUCUUGUGGAGCAUCUACAAUGCUGGAACCCCUGAUUUCAUUUCUUCAGAUCAGGCUCUUUUGCUAAGCUGGGAACCGAUGGACAUCUUCUUCCAUGAUACUUUUCUGAAUCCUUUGUUACAACUUUACAUGGAUGUUCAACUUCUUGCGGUCCAUUUACGAGCACUCUGCAAGGAGCCAUCACUGGCGUCGUCUGUGCUUGGUCGUACUCAUUUGAAAGAUCUUCAAGUCCAAUUCCGUACCUCCAAAGCAUGAACUCUUGCAAGUGAUCGAAGAAGAGAUAACACUCGAACACUGUCAGACAAUCUUGCCAACUUCGAGCCCAAGGCUUCAAGGAUCUCUAAAAGAAUCUUUUCUGUCUUAAAAUCUUCCCAUCUAAGAUCUAUUUUCUAUUUCUUGCAAAAGAAAUGGGAUUUCGUCAAAGUUUGCAGGUGCAUCGUUGAAGUUUCCCUCAAAAUCCCGAAUGAAGGUGAUUGAUUGAUUGUUCAACCUCUGGAACGACUUUUCCAUCAUCAAGCGAACAAUUUCAAUUUUGCAUCGUCGUGAAAAUGCGAAGGAGGAGUUUCGAAAUCUUCUCCCUCAAGGUUCCAUGAGAACUUUAGCAUAGCCCUGCGCGAGGAUGACACGCACAAAUAAAAAAUAAACAUAAAAUCAUGGCCUACGAUCAAUUGAAACCAGACUGCUUAGGCCAGACUUUGGCAGCUGUCAAGCUGCCAAAAGGUAGAACAAAACUAGUGAGCAUGAUGAUCACAUUAUCCAUGUACGUAUCUUCGCAAGGUAUUUUUGAUAUAUACUAAAC